AAAUGUAAUGUUUUUUUUCACGAGAAAAUCUUUUACACGCCAUUUUCGCGUUUUCGAAUGUUGUACACUUGUUAGUAUACAGUGUAGCAUGUACAAGAGUAAAACUCGUGAAAAUUGAAAAUUUCAUUCAAUCCCUCCUUAGGGAAAGUCGACCUUUCAAACAUGGCCGUUAAACUGGCACGUCGUUGGCAAACACAGGUUGUCAGAACUCUAAAGGGUCACCAAGAGUGGGGUGACGUUUUAUUUAGUUGCCUUCCCCUUGAAAUGACCACAUCAAAGAAGAUUUAACGUGUCUUUCCUGUUAGAAUCUUGUCUUUCCUCUCCGAUUUGUUUAUCUCCUCGAUGAGCUUUUUGGUGGGAGUCAUCGCAUUUAAACUGAAACUGAGUAGCGAGGAUUUAAGAAGGUGCAAACAGCGAAACGAGCUGAGCCCCAUAACGUAUGUAACAGUCCUUGAGACGUCGAUUUUACUUUUCGAAUUAGUCACCCCCCCCCACACCCAAGGAGCUUGUUCUUUUCACAAAUUAUGACGUUUUCUAGAGUACUUGUCCUCUCCAACUGUUUUCAAAUACGAAAGCAGCUCCUGCGCAGCAUAUGGGCAAGAUAUGACCAUUUUUUUUCGCGACAGCGGUCAAUUAAAACUCACUCUCAAAACCAUUCCUAUGCCAAAGACUUAUUCCUCGGUCAAGUAAAAAAGGCCGAAGUAUUUCCUUUUCCAGAAAUUAGAAUUGAAGAAUUGGAAGAGAUCAACCAGAUUGUGUCACCGGUGGAAAAAUUUUUCAAUGAAGAAGUUGACUCAGCAAAGAUAGACAAAGAUGCCAGAAUCCCCACAGAGACAUUGAAUGGCUUGAAAGAGCUUGGACUUUUUGGAAUUCAGGUUCCUGAGCAAUACGGAGGACUUGGACUGUCCAAUACCAUGUAUGCACGACUAGCUGAAAUAAUCUCAUUAGAUGGCUCGAUUGCAGUGACAUUGGCUGCUCAUCAAGCAAUUGGACUGAAGGGUAUACUAAUUGCAGGGAAUGAAUCCCAGAAGAAGAAGUAUCUGCCCAAAUUAGCCUCAGGGGAACACAUUGCUGCUUUUUGUUUGACUGAGCCUGGAAGUGGAAGCGAUGCAGCCUCCAUUCAGAUGCGAGCAACAUUGUCAGAUGAUGGAAAACAUUACCUUCUUAAUGGAUCAAAGAUUUGGAUUUCAAACGGUGGAAUGGCUGACAUCAUGACUGUGUUCGCGCGGACUGAGGUAGUUGUCAAUGACAUGAAGAAAGACAAGAUUUCUGCAUUUCUUGUUGAGAGAGCUUUUGGAGGAAUUACUUCUGGAAAACCGGAGGACAAACUUGGCAUCAGGGGCUCCAACACUUGUGAAGUGUCAUUUGACAAUGUUCCAGUCCCACUGGAAAAUGUUAUUGGACAAUUAGGGGAUGGAUUCAAGAUUGCCAUGAAUAUACUUAACUCUGGAAGAUUCAGCAUGGGAAGUUCUUCAGCUGGAAUGAUUAAAAAAAUCAUUGAAAUGACCUCUGAAUAUGCUGCAACAAGGAAGCAGUUUGACAAAAGCUUAAGUGAAUUUGGUAUGAUACAGGAGAAAUUUGCAGUCAUGGCCCUGAAUGCCUUUGUGAUGGAGAGCAUGGCAUACCUGACAUCAGGAAUGAUGGACAAACCUGGGCUACCAGAUUGUUCUUUAGAGGCUGCUGUGGUCAAGGUGUUCAGCUCUGAGGGAGGUUGGAUUUGUGUCAGUGAAGCUCUUCAGGUCCUUGGAGGUCUGGGUUAUACAAAGAGCUACCCAUAUGAGCGUUACCUCAGGGACUGUCGUAUCCUGCCUAUCUUUGAGGGAACCAAUGAAAUUCUGAGAAUGUACAUUGCUCUUAAUGGAAUGCAAUAUGCUGGCAAAAUCCUCACAGGGACAAUAAAGGAGAUGAAGAAAGGAAAUUUCGGUCUGGCUUUGGGAAUGAUUGGCAGAAAAUUGAGGAACUCCUUUGGGAGUGGAUCAAACGGUGCCCUUUCGGGAAAGAAUGGCGUUGUCCAUCCAAGCUUAACUGAAAGUGCACAGAAGUUUGAACAGAAUGUUCAUCUUUUUGGAUCUACAGUGGAGAGCCUGUUGUUCAGAUAUGGAAAGGCACUUCUUCAGUCUGGCAGCUUUUUGAAUGUACCAGAGAUGGAGUUUCAGCAUCUGCUGGUUCUGUGUCAACGUCUUGUGCAGAAGAUGCUUCCUGCAACAUCUGUAAUUAAUACAAUCGUGGAUGAACAGCUCAUUCUAAAGAAAGUAGCAGAUGUGCUUAUCAACCUGUACGCCAUGACAGCUGUCUUGUCUAGAUGUAGCCGUUCCAUCAGACUCGGCCUAAGGAAUCAUAACCAUGAGAUGUUGCUCACAAACACCUUCUGCAAUGAUGCUUACUUCAAGAACAAUUACUGGAUGACUCAGUUGCAAAAAAACUCACCAGAGAACAAUGAUGUCAGCAUUAAGAAGAUUGCCAAGGACGUCUUGGAAAAUAGGGCGUCGGUGGAAAUUCAGCGACUGUGGGUCGAAGACAAAGCAGAGGAGGAAAGCGGGUUUGUCAGAAGAAGAGGAUAUCAGAGUCAUCCUACGCACCACCAUAGUUGGACACAAAAGAAAGACAAAAGGAUCUCUACAGUUUGGCAAGACAGAGGGAUAGAGAUGGGAAGGAUGUGCAGCAGAGUCUUGUUCACAGGACGAGCUCCUACACACAGAUGCAACAGUAUCUUCCUAGAAGUAGCCAAGGACAACUCCAUCAUAACCAAAGACUGUGCCACAUCAUCACCAAAAACUGUACCUUUGUUCAUUUUAUCUGCUCACCCGUCCUUUUGACCUUCUGUGUUUUCUAAUGAAAAAAAAAAUGAGUAUGUGAGAGACUGGUUCAGAACGUGUUUGGAGACUGUAACUGGCAUGUCUCUCACGUCCUCCUGAUCAGAAGAAAGAAGACUUCUUGUCCGUUAUUUGUGCAACGAUUCCAGCAAGUUAGGUGAUAAAUCUAACAUUUUCUUGGUCCUUCGAGCCGGAUUCCAAGAUUCCUGAGGAUCCCAGCUUCAGAGUCAAUUUCCAGGAAGACCAUGGCCACGGCAACACAGACCCGUUGAGGGACUGGUCCUCGAACUCUUAUUGGGAUCUGAGGGUUGACGGAAAUCCAACUGACAAGAAGACGUCUUGGUAAAAACAAUUUUCUUACGGGGUAUAAAAGGAGUGAUUGUUGAUGGGAAAUCUGCAAGAAGGUGCGUCGCAGUGUACACAAAGGUAAUGUGUAGGAGGUACAGUUAAAUUCCGCGUAACGAGGGCGGACUCGUCUGUAUCGGUCACAGUGAAAUUCCGCGUAACAAGGGUGGACUCGUCUGUACAUUAAAAGGUAAACGAUGGCGGACUCGUGUGCACUUAAAUUCUGUGGACCGUAACGAGGGCAGACUCGUUUGUAUAGCUUCCAGUUAAAUUCCGUGUAAUGAGGCUGAACUCGUGUACCUACUUAAAUUCUGUGGAAAAUAAAAUAC